GGCUGCCUGCUGGGGCGGGACGGGGCGGUCCCGGGACGGGCGUCCAUAUAUGAGCCGCCUGCUGCUGCCCCGCCCGAGCCAGUCGCUGUUGCUGCUGCUACUACUAGUACUGGUCCGCCGAGGCUCCUGACAGAUAAUCCGCCCAGGAAGAUGUCUGAUGGUUUUUCGCUCUCCGAUGCCCUGUCCGGGUCCAACAAUCCUAACCCAAAUGCACAGCCUGCCGCUGGUUGGGGAAACCAGCCUGGGGCUUUUCCAGGAUAUCCCGGGGCACCAGGGGGGUAUCCCGGGGCACCGGGGGGGUAUCCCGGGGCACCAGCGGGGUAUCCCGGGGCACCGGGGGCAUAUCCUGGGGCACCAGCAGGGUAUCCCGGGGCACCCAGUGGAUUUCCCGGAGCCCCUGGUGCAUAUCCCGGAGCUCCAUUUCCUGGAGGCCCACCCGCCCCCGGUUCAUACCCUGGUGCAAUUGCUCCACCGGGAGCAUCAGGCAUGUAUCCUGCCCCUGGGCAGCCCUCAAGUGGCGGCGGCAACCCCCAAGCACAGCCAACUGCACCACAGAGUGGGCCUGGCUUUGGAGCUCCCACUCCAUCAGUUCCACUGAAAGUGCCUUGUGACAUCCCGCUGCAGGCGGGAUUCGUGCCUCGCCUGCUAAUCACCAUUGUGGGAACAGUGAAUCCAAGAGCACAGAAAUUCCAAGUGGACUUGAAGAAAGGCAACGACAUCGCUUUCCACUUUAACCCCCGCUUCAAUGAAGAUGGAAGGAAAGUGGUUGUGUGCAACACCAUGCUUCAAAACAACUGGGGGAAGGAGGAGCGGACGGCCCCCCGGUUCCCUUUCGAAGCUGGCAAGCAGUUCAAGAUCCAAAUUCUGUGUGAAGCAAAUCAUUUGAAGGUAGCCGUCAACGACGCUCACCUUCUGCAGUACAACCACCGCGUAAAGGAGCUGAAUCAAAUUACCAAACUGUGCAUUGGAGGUGACAUCACCGUCACCAACGUCACACCUGCCAUGAUCUAAUGCAAGCCUUCGGCAUUCAACCACCUAAUACUCCCAUCUCUGUGUUUUAAGCUGCAGCUAUUUCUCCCCCUACCCCCAUUACAGGCCUGAUUCUAUCAUCCUUGCAGGGCUAAAAUAAAUAAAUAAAAACUGAAAACGUCCAAA